AUGGCCAAAGUUCUUGCAGUGCUUGGCGCGACCGGCCAACAAGGGUCCUCCGUGGUAGAAUAUGUGAUCAAUGACCAGGAACUCUCGCAAAAAUAUGCCAUUCGCGCGGUGACACGAAGCGUUGACUCAGCUAAGGCUCAGUUGCUCAAGGAAAAAGUUGAAGUGGUCCAGGGUGAUGUAUCUGACCAAGCAUCUCUCGAGAAAGCUUUCACCGGUGUACACACCUUGUUUGCCAUGACAACCCCUGCGCUUGGCGAAGACGCGAUCCAGAUCGAGUACAAUAUCAUCAAAACUAUUGCCGAUGUGGCGGUCGAGAAAGGAGUCGAGUACAUAAUCUUCAGCACUCUACCAUCGGUCACAGAUAUAUCUCAGGGGAAGUAUCAAGGCGUAACACCGUUUGACGCCAAGGCAAAAGGUGAAGAGUAUAUUCGUGGUCUUCCUAUCAAGAGCUCCUUCUACUGUCCGGGAUCAUUCAUGGAGAAUUUUGCCUCUCAGCCGUUCCUUGCUCCACAGCCAGAUCCAGAUCAUAACGGUACCUGGGUCCUGAGCCGCAACAUGCCUUCUGAGAGCGAGAUGCCUUUAAUUGACGCCAUUGGUGACGGAGGGAAAUUUGUGGGCGCCAUCCUCGCCGAUCCCGACAAGUAUCAAGGCAAGAAAAUAUGUGCCGCAACAAAGCUGUAUACCAUGGAGGAAAUGGCAACUGUCUUGUCCGAAUCGACCGGCAAGACCGUCAUCUACAAACAAGUUUCCGAUGAGAAGUUUGCCCAGAGCCUCCCUCCGCCAGUGGUGACGAUUUUCGUGGACUACUUCAAGUACAUCGGUGAAUUUGGAUAUUUCGGUCCAGGCUCCAAGGAACUGGUAGCUUGGGCCGCUGCGCAGGCGCGAGGCAAGCUAUCUACUUUCCAGGAGUAUCUGAAGGCACAUCCCUAUGAACUGGCAUAG